CGGGAUGCGAGGAGCUCGAUAUGGAUGUAAUGAGGCCCUUGAUAAAUGAGCAGAGCUUUGAUGGUACAUCGGAUGAAGAACGUGAGCAAGAGCUUCUACCAGUUCAGAAGCAUUACCAGCUCCAUGGCCCGGAGGGCAUCUCAUUUGUGCAAACUCUUAUGCAUCUUCUUAAAGGAAAUAUUGGAACUGGCCUUUUAGGACUUCCAUUAGCAAUAAAGAAUGCAGGAAUAGUGCUUGGACCAAUCAGCCUUGUGUUUAUAGGAAUUAUUUCUGUUCACUGUAUGCAUAUAUUGGUACGUUGCAGUCACUUUCUAUGUCAGAGGUUUAAGAAGUCAACAUUAGGUUAUAGUGACACUGUGAGUUUUGCUAUGGAAGUGAGUCCUUGGAGUUGUCUUCAGAAGCAGGCAUCCUGGGGACGGAGUGUAGUGGACUUUUUUCUGGUGAUAACACAGCUGGGAUUCUGUAGUGUUUAUAUUGUCUUCUUAGCUGAAAAUGUGAAGCAAGUUCAUGAAGGAUUCCUGGAGAGUAAAGUGUUUAUUUCAAAUAGUACCAACUCAUCAAAUCCAUGUGAGAGAAGAAGUGUUGACCUAAGGAUAUAUAUGCUUUGUUUUCUUCCAUUUAUCAUUCUUUUGGUCUUCAUUCGUGAGCUGAAGAACCUAUUUGUACUUUCAUUCCUUGCCAAUGUUUCCAUGGCUGUGAGUCUUGUAAUAAUUUACCAGUAUGUUGCUAGGAACAUGCCAGACCCCCACAACCUUCCAAUAGUGGCUGGGUGGAAGAAAUACCCUCUCUUUUUUGGUACUGCUGUAUUUGCUUUUGAAGGCAUAGGAGUGGUCCUUCCACUGGAAAACCAAAUGAAAGAAUCAAAACGCUUCCCCCAAGCAUUGAAUAUUGGCAUGGGAAUUGUUACAACUUUGUAUAUAACAUUAGCUACUUUAGGAUAUAUGUGUUUCCGUGAUGAAAUCAAAGGCAGUAUAACUUUAAAUCUUCCCCAAGAUGUAUGGUUAUAUCAAUCAGUGAAAAUUCUGUAUUCCUUUGGCAUUUUUGUGACAUAUUCAAUUCAGUUCUAUGUUCCAGCAGAGAUCAUUAUCCCAUGGAUCACAUCCAAAUUUCAUGCUAAAUGGAAACAAAUCUGUGAAUUUGGGAUAAGGUCUUUCUUGGUUAGUAUUACUUGUGCUGGAGCGAUUCUUAUUCCUCGUUUAGACAUUGUGAUCUCCUUCGUUGGAGCUGUGAGCAGCAGCACCUUGGCUCUGAUCCUACCCCCUUUGGUUGAAAUUCUUACAUUUUCUAAGGAGCAUUACAAUAUAUGGAUGAUCCUAAAAAAUAUUUCUAUAGCAUUCACUGGAGUUGUUGGGUUCUUAUUAGGUACAUAUGUAACUGUUGAAGAAAUUAUUUAUCCUACUUCCAAAGUUACAGGUGGCACUCCACAAAGUCCUUCUCUAAGUUUUAAUUCAACAUACUUAACAUCUGGUUUGAAAUAGUAGAAACAGAGCUAUGGGACUUC